AUGGUGGCGAAACCAUCACAUAAUUUGAGAAGGGAGCACAAAUGGUUGAAAGAAACGGCGACUUUGCAGGAAGACAAAGAGUUUGUCUUUCAGGCUAUUCAAAAGCAUAUUGCGAACAAGAGGCCCAAAACAAACUCGCCACCUACUACACCGUCCAGAGAUGAGGACGGUGCAGGAACAAUAAAUGUGUUGACCAGUAUUCCUGGGUCUGGAUCCACUAGUACAGCUACGAAACAAUAUGAAGGCACACAAACUCUAUCGAACGAUACGGAAUGGCUCUCUUACCCCGCUACAUCUAACCAAUAUACUGACACUCCCAUGGGGGAUAUACCCGCCAGCACAACUAUCAUAUCAAACCCAAGGACUCCCAGCAGUUCGAAACCGCACAAUCCCAAUGCAUACCGACCGCCCAUGGCGAGUUCUCUUGUGGAAAACAGUAGUGAUAAGAAUCUGGAUCGUACAGAUAAUAACAGCGACAUGAUUGAUAGUUCAAGUACAAGGAAGCGGAUCGAAAAACCGCAAGAAAACCCAGCAAAAGAGUUGAUUCGACUUCAAGGCUUACUUAUUGCAGUUUUGAAAGAACAAUCCAAAUGUUUGCUACAGAAAUGCAGUAUUAUCGAAUCUACAUCAUUAUCAGAGGAUGCUAAAAGGCUUCAAUUAAGUAGAGAUAUACGGCCUCAAUUAUCCAACGUCUCUAUCCGUAUAGAUUCUUUAGAAAAGGAUAUCAUACAAACCAACAAAGAUGUUAACUUGAAAGCCCAAACUAAAGAUUAUAGUCAAGUUUCCUCACAAGAUAAAAAUAUCAUAUCAAGUGUUCUGCCUAUCGCCCUGGAGGGAAAUCUACCUCUUAAGAGUGCGAAUUUGACAAGCACUACCGCAGCCACCACUGGAGCUACGAAAGUUGUUGCCAAAAACCCCAAUAAAAUUGCUAAUAAGGAUAAUCGCGACGACGACUUGAUCCAGGUGCUGGAUGAUGAGGAUGACAUAGAUUGUGGUCCUGCCACCAUAUUACAACCGGGCUUGAUAAAUGUUCCGCAGAAAAACACUCCACACUCUCCUGCAUCGCCGCGUCUCGAGAUGACCUCAGAAGAACAAGAUGAACUUACAAGGAGGAAUAUGCGUUUAAGAGAGCCAGUAAACUAUAGAAUUCCCGAUAGAGAUGAUCCCUUUGAUUACGUUAUGGGCAAGUCCUUGAGAGACGAUUAUCCAGCCAUUGAAAGGGAGGAGGAUGAACUCACAAUGGAAGCUGAAGAGGAUGAUCAUUCUAGCUAUAUGACUACCAGAGAUGAAGAAAAAGAAGAAAACGACUUAUUAAAUCAAAGCGAUUUUGAUUUUGUGGUGAAUGAUGGCCUCGAGCCAACUCAAGACACGGAAUAUCAUGAUAACCUUGAUAGAAGUGCAAAUAUCGAAGAAAAUCCUUUAGAAGACGAUACCAGAUCCACAAUUACUCUAUCACAACAUAAAAAUGUUCAGGUUAUUUUAUCUUCUCCAACAACGCAGAGUGAUAUAUCCAAUCGCCAAAAGCAAAUCGGUGUGGAACACAUUGAUUUGCUCGAAGAAGAUCUAGAAAAAGAUAUGAUAUUGGAUGACAGCAUGAGUUUCUCCUUUGGGAAUCAACAUUUACCCAUGUCACAUUCUGAUCUAGAAUUAAUAGAUAGUGAGAAAGAAAGUGAUGAUAAUGAAGAAGAUAAUAAAAACAAUAAUCUCGAAUAUCUAUCAGACAGUGAUCUCGAAAGAUUUGAUGAAGAAAGAGAGAAUAGAACACAAGCGGCAGAUAUCCAGGAACUGGACAAUGAUUUGAAGAUUAUAACGGAGAGGAAACUCAUAGAUGACAACAACCAUCAAUCUCCUUCGUGGUCUGCUUUGAUUAAAAUGGAAGAAUCCAAUGUUAGCCAAAAAAAAGGGGAGGAAGAUGAUUUCGAUGAUGAUUUUUCGUUAAGUGAUAUAGUGAGUAAGUCCAAUUCGUGUUUCAAGGCAAAGGGUCCAACUUAUUCUUGGUCUGAGGAAGUUUUGUACCGUUUGCAUGAAGUAUUUAAAUUGCCGGGCUUUAGGCCUAAUCAGUUGGAGGCGGUCAACGCAACUUUACGAGGUAAGGACGUUUUUGUUCUUAUGCCAACGGGGGGUGGUAAAUCACUUUGCUACCAACUUCCUGCCGUGGUAAAAUCUGGUAAGACGCAUGGUACUACCAUUGUCGUUUCUCCCCUGAUUUCUUUGAUGCAUGAUCAAGUUGAACAUUUAUUGAAUAUGAAUAUUAAGGCGAGCAUGUUCAGUUCUAAGGGCACUGCAGAACAAAGAAGACAAACUUUCAAUCUAUUUAUUAACGGAUUGUUGGAUUUAGUUUACAUAUCUCCUGAAAUGAUCAGUGCUUCUGAACAGUGUAAAAGAGCCAUUAGUAGAUUGUAUGAAGAUGGUAAGCUGGCCCGUAUUGUUGUGGAUGAAGCACAUUGUGUUUCUAAUUGGGGCCAUGAUUUUAGGCCUGAUUACAAGGAACUAAAAUUCUUUAAAAGAGAAUACCCUGAUAUUCCAAUGAUCGCUCUAACUGCAACCGCAAGUGAACAAGUCAGAAUGGAUAUUAUCCAUAAUCUUGAAUUAAAGGAACCUGUUUUUCUAAAGCAAAGUUUUAACAGAACAAAUUUGUAUUAUGAAGUAAACAAAAAGACCAAAAAUACCAUUUUCGAAAUUUGCGAUGCUGUUAAAUCAAGAUUUAGGAAUCAAACUGGUAUCAUAUAUUGCCACUCUAAAAAAUCUUGCGAGCAGACUUCAGCUCAAAUGCUGAGAAAUGGCAUCAAAUGUGCCUACUACCAUGCAGGUAUGGAACCUGACGAAAGAUUAAGUGUACAAAAGGCAUGGCAAGCUGAUGAAGUACAAGUCAUUUGCGCUACUGUUGCUUUUGGUAUGGGUAUUGAUAAACCUGACGUGAGAUUUGUUUACCAUUUCACUGUUCCACGAACAUUAGAAGGUUAUUAUCAAGAAACUGGUCGUGCCGGAAGAGAUGGUAAGUAUUCAUAUUGUAUUACCUACUUUUCAUUUAGAGACAUCAGAACUAUGCAGACAAUGAUUCAAAAAGAUAAGAAUUUAGACAGAGAAAAUAAAGAGAAGCAUUUGAAUAAAUUACAGCAAGUGAUGGCGUAUUGUGACAACGUUACUGACUGUAGAAGAAAAUUAGUUCUAUCUUACUUCAACGAGGAUUUUGAUUCUAAAUUGUGUCAUAAGAACUGUGACAAUUGCAGAAAUAGUGCCAAUAUGAUAAGUGAGGAAAGAGAUGUUACAGAAUCUGCUAAAAAAAUCGUUAAACUGGUAGAGAAUAUCCAAAAUGAAAGAGUGACAAUAAUCUAUUGUCAAGACAUCUUCAAAGGUUCUAGGAGCUCCAAAAUUGUUCAAGCUAACCAUGACACACUAGACGAACAUGGUUGCGGUAAAUCCAUGCAAAAAUCUGAAAUUGAAAGAAUAUUCUUUCAUUUGAUAACAAUUCGCGUUUUACAGGAAUAUUCUAUAAUGAAUAAUAGUGGUUUUGCUUCGAGUUAUGUCAAAGUGGGCCCCAAUGCCAGAAAACUGCUCUCUGGAAAAAUGGAUAUUAAGAUGCAAUUUACGAUAUCGGCACCAAACUCUCGUCCCUCAACAUCAUCUAGCCACCAAUCGAAUGAAGAUAACGCACCAGCUAUGGCGCAAAGAUCAACAACUAUUGGAGGAAGUACCGCUACCAAGUCAACUCGCUUUAUAAGUGCAAAAGAACACUUAAGAUCGUACACAUACAGUAGUUCAACCAUGGAAACCCCACACCCAAUCUCUUUAAAAAACACGAAUGAUUUGCAUUCGACACAAGAAUUAAAUAACUUGCGGAUAACGUACGAACGGCUGAGAGAAUUGUCAUUAAAUUUAGGAAAUAGAAUGGUUCCUCCAGUUGGGAACUUUAUGCCCGAUUCUAUCUUGAAGAAAAUGGCGACAAUCUUGCCAAUGAAUGACUCGGCCGUUGCCGCUUUAGGUCCCAUAGAGGACAAAUACCGUCGGAGAUUAAAAUAUUUCAAAGCUACAAUCGCAGAUCUUAGCAAGGAAAGAUCAAACACAGAUCAUGAAAAAUACGACACAAUAUUGAAUGAAGAAUCUGUUAACAAAGUGUCCGGUUCGAUCAAUGACACUAUCCAUAGCACUGGGAUAAGAUCUAGGUUCUUUGACGCCAACCCGAACGAAGCCAAGGAGAAUCAACAAAUAGUUAACCAGAUCAGGGAAAGCCAACUAUCCAAAAGCUCAAUAAGUGGUAAAUCAGUUACGAAGACGACCACCAAGCCUGCUAAGAAAUCUGCCAAUGGAAGACGAGGGUUUAAAAAUUAUAGAGGCCAUUACAGAGGAAGAAAAUAA